AUGCAGAGGAAUUGCCAGAAAAGAAUUGGAUUUACCGGAAACAGGCAUAAGAUGUCAUCAACAAAUUCUUCUAGAACUAUAAAGUCUGUUGCCAUCACUAAACAAGAGAAAACUGAUGGGAUACAUUCAAGAGCCCAUACAGACUCAGCCAUUAUCAAUUGUAUUUUAUAUUGA